GCGUUACUACAGCAUAGUCUUUAGGUGCUUUACUUUUUACUGAGGUACAUCACCAUGGUAACUGUACUGGCAGUCGGUCGGUGACAGAAUGUAAUGACGUCACUAAUAUGUAACGAUGUAACGAAACAUCAAAGGUGGCAACAUUCUUUAUUCUGGUUCUAAAGUCUGUAGAUACUGCUGCAAACUCAGACAAGAGAUAAAGGGGUUUGAAUCGAGAUUCACUUGUUCAGAUAAAGAUUCAGGAGAGAAAAAUCCAAAAACCAAGAUGCCAAAGAGAAAGACCAACGGCAAAAAGAAGAUCAAAGUUGAAGGAGUGAGGGUCGCUGAGCUGCCCCAUCCUUCCAGGAUCUCAGCUGAUGAUCCAUGCAUGGUCAGAGGACAAAAGCAGAAGUUCUCGGAUGAUGAUGAGGGAUCAUCCAGACCAGCAAAAAAAAUUAAACUUUUUCACCACGUGCACAGUGACGAGGAGCAAGCAUCCUCCUCUGUGGAAACCAGUAAAGAUCCAAAAACCACAAUGCCAAAAAGAAAAACCAACGGCAAAAAGAAGAUCAAAGUUGAAGGAGUGAGGGUCGCUGAGCUGCCCCAUCCUUCCAGGAUCUCAGCUGAUGAUCCAUGCAUGGUCAGAGGACAAAAGCAGAAGUUCUCGGAUGAUGAUGAGGGAUCAUCCAGACCAGCAAAAAAAAUUAAACUUUUUCACCACGUGCACAGUGACGAGGAGCAAGCAUCCUCCUCCGUGGAAACCAGUAAAGAUCCAAAAACCAAGAUGCCAAAGAGAAAGACCAACGGCAAAAAGAAGAUCAAAGUUGAAGGAGUGAGGGUCGCUGAGCUGCCCCAUCCUUCCAGGAUCUCAGCUGAUGAUCCAUGCAUGGUCAGAGGACAAAAGCAGAAGUUCUCGGAUGAUGAUGAGGGAUCAUCCAGACCAGCAAAAAAAAUUAAACUUUUUCACCACGUGCACAGUGACGAGGAGCAAGCAUCCUCCUCUGUGGAAACCAGUAAAGAUCCAAAAACCAAGAUGCCAAAGAGAAAGACCAACGGCAAAAAGAAGAUCAAAGUUGAAGGAGUGAGGGUCGCUGAGCUGCCCCAUCCUUCCAGGAUCUCAGCUGAUGAUCCAUGCAUGGUCAGAGGACAAAAGCGGAAGUUGUCAGAUGAUGAUGAGGGAUCAUCCAGACCAGCAAAAAAAAUUAAACUUUUUCACCAUGUGCACACUGAUGGGGAGCAAGCAAUUUUAGAGAUCUCCACUGAUGUAAAAGAAAAGGUGUGCAAGAGGAAAGCCACGGGUGAUGGAAAAGAGUCACCCCCAAAGAAACCCAAACGUAGUAGCACCAAAAAAAUAGUGGCUGCAAAAAGGCGUGAAUUUAAAGCCAAAUAUGUUGAGAAGGACGAACUUGGAGAAGGAGGGUGUGGAACAGUGUUUGCUGGCUACAGGAAAGAAGAUAAAUUUCCAGUCGCUAUCAAACACAUUCCAAGGAGUAAUGUCCACUGCAAAGUAAAGGUCAGUAUGCAACACUUAAAUCUGUUAUACAUCAUUGCACUGUGGAACGAUUGUCUGUUCCUCAUCAUCCACUUUGUUGCCAUGUUUCAGGAUGAGAAUGGGAAGCGCAUCUCUGUGGAAGUGGCUACUAUGCUCAAACUUACACCUGAAACACCACGAUCAGGGAGGACAUCAGCAGCCGUGUCCUUGCUGGAUUGGUUCGAUUUGCGCAAGGAGCUGAUCCUGGUGAUGGAGAGACCUGUCCCUGCUGUGGACCUAUGGGAAUACAUCGAGGAAAAUGGAGGUACUUUAACAGAGGAGACAGCCAAGGCCAUUCUAAAACAACUGAUUGAGGCUGCAAAAGAACUCGAGGAUAAAAACAUCUUUCACCGGGACAUCAAGAUUGAGAACAUUCUGAUUGAGACCGGCUCAGAUGUGCCUCGUGUUCGCCUAAUUGACUUUGGAAUGAGCUGCUUUUUUAAGAAACGCUCAUGGUACCGCAUUUUUUCUGGCACACCUUCUUACUGCCCUCCAGAAUGGUACCUCCGCCAGUACUAUAGGCCUGGACCCACCACAGUGUGGCAGCUGGGAGCGGUGUUGUAUGAAACACUCCAUGCAAGACCCUUCUUUGAUACAAUACUGGUCCUCAACGAGCUCUUAGAAAUUAGCGAGGAGCUGUCUGAAAACUGCCAGGAUUUCUUGAAAAUGUGUUUAGACCUGGACCCCAAAAGGCGCCCGAUACUGGAGGACCUCCUGCUUCACCGCUGGUUCAGGUGAACGGCCAUACAUAUAGACAACAAAAUGUUUUUGACAGAAAAAGAUUGAUGCUAUUUAAUUGGACUAGUCUAAAUUUCACUCAAAUUGCCCAGUACCAGUCAAAAGUUUAAACUGGGACUUUACAUCAAUCGUCAUUUUCUGUCCUGGAACUCUUGUAACCCCCCAGCCAUCCAGGGAAAGGGGGAUCUCUCUUUGAAUUGCCUUUCCCGAGGUUUCUUCCUAUCAGUCAGGGGAGUUUUUCCUCGUCUUCAGAGAGAGCUUGGGCUGGUCAGGAGUUCCAUCAAGUUAUUCUACUGAUUUAUUAAUGUUAUUUGAUUAUUAAUAUUAUUUGAUUAUUAAUAACCGAAUGUUGGCUCUGGUUAUUAAUAAUCAAUUAACAAAUAAACUGUAGA